AUGGCUUCAACUUCAAACCAGGCUUCAGCUUCAACUUCAAACAAGGAGGCAAAGAUGCUAACACUGCAGAGCUCCGAUAACGAGGAGUUUUUGGUGGAAGAAUCGGUGGCUGUCCAGUCCGUGCUGAUCAAGAACAUUGUGGAGGAAGACUACACCACGAUUCCGUUACCGAACGUCGCCGGCGAAGAUUUGGCCAUGAUCAUAGAGUAUUUGAAGAAGCAUGCAGACCCAAAGGCUUCCGAGGAUGACCUGAAAAAGUUUGAUGAUAAGUUUGUGGACAAACCCCAGUCCGACCUCCAUUACCUCUCGCUGGCGGCAAACUAUCUCGAGCUCAAGGAUUUGCUCGACAUUGUUUGUACGAGAAUCGCCAGCGAUAUCCGAGGUUACACUGUGGAGCAGUUUCGCGCCAGAUUUAAUAUCGAAAAUGAUUUCGCUGAUCAGGAAGAGAGGGUUCUUCGCAAUGAGUACCCUUGGGCCUUCGAGUAG